CCCAGGCGAGCAAAAAAUAAGGAGUGACGCCCGACAUGACUAGUCUAAAGUGUCCGUAGUACCCGUCUGGACUAGUCUAAAAUGUCUGCACUGCCGUUUGGACUAGUCUGAAAUGAUUUGCAGCAAGUCAGGACUAGUCGUCUUCACGAGGGACGUCUUGCAUCUAAAAUAGACUAGUCCAAAACAUGCUCUAAUCUUGUCAUGGCUAGUCCGUUUUGUAUGUGCAUACUGUCCAGACGCGUCAACUUGAAGGCAAAAACUAGAAGAAACGGAGGCGAUAGGUGGAUUCGAACAUUCAAGCCGACAAUAUUGGAUACCUGACUAGUCUGAACUGUUUUCAAUGAGUAACGCGGACUAGUAUGAAGAGUCAUCUAUAUUGGUCAUGACUAGUCGUUUUCGAGAAAGUAAUGCUAAUUCUGGUCCAGGCUAGUCUAUCCUUCCAAACAGUCUUUAUUGCUUGGACUUAAUCAUUCGGACAAUUCGUUUUGACUAGUUUGUAUUGGGACUAGAACGAUGUAUCUAAUGAGAGUUGGCUAUUUAUGUCCUUUUAAAUUUUUAAAUUGUAAUAACAAUCAAGAAUAAUUUUAUUCGAAAAAUUAAUUUUAAUGCAUUGAUAUACGGAUAUUAUUUUAUUUCAAUAUAAAACCUAAUGAUUUGAAUUUAAAAAUGGAUUUAAACGGUGGAAUCAUAGUUCAUUUUCAAAUUUAAAUAGGAAAUAUUUUAAAUUAAGAUAAACAUAAACCAUUAGAUGAAAAGCAAGAUCUUUUUUUGAAAUGUAUAUUAUUAUUUUGAUUUUGAUUUGAAUUUUAAUUGUUUUUUCCAAUAGAAAAUAACUUUUUCUAUAUGUCGAUAAUCAAAAAAAAAUUCUGUUGAAGGAAAUUAAAAAAAUUCUGAAUUAAUUUUGCUUAGCUUUAUUUAACUAAUUUUCGAUUUUAUUACAAGUAGUUUCUAUAAAUAUUAAAACUUGAGAAAACGCUGAGUCAAACUGUAGUAAUUAGUGUCUUCAGAUGUGUAUUGACAUGUAAAAGUUGAUCACUAGAUCAUAUGGCUCAAUCGGGUAGACGACGAGUAAGUAACACAAGGUAUGCAUGUACGAAUCUAACUUUCUGCACAUAUUUCUAUCAUUUAGACUAGUCCGAACUAGACCGCUACAUAAGACUGAAACCUAACAGAUGUCGCGUCACAGGCGCUCUGCCUUUUUUAAUUUAAAAUCUAUUUUCGGACGGGAUGCCCAGACGGAGUUAAAGAUUCCAACCCAUUUUGGACUAGUCAUGUAGUAGGACUUUUUGAGAAAAAGACUAGACAUGACGCAUAGUCACGACUAGAAAAAUGACUAGUCUUUUUACCCGUCCUUUGCUCGCCUGGGAAUGUUAAUCUCAGUUAGAGACCUGUGGAGUCAAGUUUUUUGACUCCGAAAAACUCCGAAAUUUUUUAUUGAAAAAGAGUGAUCUCUGUAUAUUUUAUGCUUGAAUUGGAACACGUACGAAUCGAUAAAAACUAACGAAUAAAUGAAAAUUGAACAAUUAUUGUACAGAUUAAUUUUGGAAAUCGUUUUUAUUUGUACGUAGAAAGGAAAUAAAUAUGACUGUGAAGUUUUUGAGAAAAAAAGACCUUGAAAAACUAAUACAUGAAAAUGAUGAAUCUGUGAAGCUCGCUUAAAAGAAAAAACCACAAAUCCCAGCCAAUUGUGGGGACAUUUUCAUCUGAUGAAGAUGAUAUUAGUACAUCGAAUGAUAUUGAAAUACUUUUCGAUUGAUGUUAUUGUGGUUCCAACUAAAUGAUCUUUUGACUGUUAUAACCAAAAGGUAAUCUAUUUCUUUGUUUGUUGUAUCAGAAGCAUUUAUCACUUCGACUCCGAUAUGACUCCGAAAAGUUCAGUUUUGUUGACUCCAACGGAGUUCCUCGCAGGGCUCUAAUCUCCGUCCUUUUAGAUUUUCAGUGAGAAACCCUGAAAGCUGGACGUCUUUUGAUAGAAAUAUACUAAUUAAAGUUUUAAUUUUGGAGUUUAUUAACUAAUUAAACCAGGGGGUAAUAUAUAAUGGAAUAGUAAAACUAAAAUAGUAGAGGCUAUUUGACGAGACAGUGUUUUAUUGAAUAUUCUAUAGUAUGGCUUCUUUUAGUGAAUAAAUAGUCUCAAAAUACCUGCAGUGAAAAAGGCAGUCGACUUAGAUCUCAAAAAAUCAGAAGUGAAAUUUACACCAGGUUCUCUUAAGGAUGUAGUAGUAAUAAUAUAACUAACUAAUAAAGCAGCCGCAACACCACGAUUACAUAAGAGUUGUUUCGCAUCUACUUUCUUUAUACAGCGAUAUCAUCAGUGAAGUCUUCGUACAUCUUUUCUAAUAGGUAGAAGUUUUGGGAGUAGCAAAACUUAAAAAAGUAUUUAAUGAAUACUUCAAGAAUGUACUUCUCCAUAUAAUUCCUCAUUCUCCAUCAACAAUGUAGACAAAAAAAACUUUCAUGUUCAAAAUCAUCUGCUGUUUGUAUGGAGCAAAACUUCUUCGAUCUUAAUUUUGUAUUUGUGCAAAUUACACAUUUACGUGAGGUCAAACAGAAUUUUCUGUUUUUUAUUUCUUUAGAUCAAACGCACCAACUGCUCAGAUAUCAUCCAAAAGGGAACAUUAUGCAUGCCAGUAUCCUAGUUGUCAUAAUCGAUGUGAUGGUAACUGUGUUGGUACUGGUAAUGGUGGUUGUUAUGGUCGUCGUCUUCGUUAUAGUAUUAGUUAUUAUCCUACUGAUGAUAGUCGUUAUUAUUUUAGUGAUGUUAAAUGCGAGAAAUGUGGUCGUGCUGGUGCUAAUUAUAAUGAUUAUUAUACUACUACUGCUCGAUGUAGAGAAUGCAAUCAUGUUUAUUGUAGUGACUGCUGCCUUAAGUAA